AUGGAAUGGCUGGCGAAAAGUCAUUCCCCGAACCCCUUUGAGACCAGAGGACACAGUGAUUCAAGUGCAGGCAGCUGUUCCGGCUCGUUCAAUGACCAUGAUACAAUCGGUGAUAGUGCGGCUAUAAUGGGCAUGUUAUUUGAUUGUAUGGGCGCUAUUGACUCGGGCUGUUUCGGCACCGUAUAUAAAGCUAAACAUAAGCUAGAUGGUCAACUUUACGCUAUUAAAUGCGUUCAGCUGCCAGAGGACUACAACUACGAUGAUCUAGGUGAAAUCCGUUCGCUAAUCACAGCUCGGUCACCCUACGUGGUUCGUUACUACAACUCGUGGCUUACGGGCCACCGGCUAUACAUACAGAUGGAGUUGUGCUCCGGGAGUCUACGGACCGUACUUAACAACCGGUGCGACAUAUUUCGCCGCUGGGCUAACAGCCAACUAAAACCCAUGAAAACCAUCGAGUACUUUAUCACGUGCAACAUAUACAGGGAACUACUCGAGUGCGUACAACACCUGCACCAAUUGAAACCAGCCCUAAACCAUCGCGAUCUGAAACCGGAAAACAUACUGAUCGCCCGUAAGCCCCGUAACGGCCGCUUCGUUGUGUUGGGCGACUUUGGCCUGUCGUCCACUCUGGAUAAACACGUCGAUUAUGAUAGUUUUAGCCGUAAUAGAGAUUGUGUCGACGUAAUGGCCCUUGGUCGCAUUGGCCACGAGAUGUUUGAGUUUGCCGAUGAUCGCGCUCAUUCACAUAAAGCCCAGACACCGCACGAUGUGAUAGUCAAAAUUAAAAUGACCAAACUGAAAUCUCAAAUCACCAUGAUGAUCUCGCCAAACAUUAAGGACAGGCCUGAAUGUAGGCAAGUGUUGGCCCGGUAUGGCGAUUGGGCGGUGGAAAGGAACGUGGUUAGAAGGUAA